AAAAUUCGAUUGGCCAGCCUUCACGGUUCCUAGUCACAGAGAUUAUCCACCUCCUCAGCAGCUUUUUCAGUCGGGCGAAGCAUCCGGAUCUCCUCACGCAUCUGGAUCUCCUCGAGGCUUUGGAUUGACUCCAUUUCGAGCAUCUGGAUCGACUCAAGACAGGGGCUCUAUCUCCUCUAUUAAUCGGUUAGCCUCUGGAUCCAAAAAAGUGGCGGCGUCGAAUCAAUCUCCAGCGCCAGUUCAGUCUCCAGUCAUGAAUCAACAACGACCACCUCUUCAGGUACCAAGAGCCUCUGUGUCGUAUCACAGUUCUCAAGCUCAAAACUCACACGAUGAAGAAGAUGAAGCUGAAGCUGAAUCUGAGGAAGAUGGUUUAAGGGAUUCAACUGUCCCGGAAGAUGUACUCGCUAGUUUAAAUGAGAUGUUUACCAUGCCAGGCCUUGAGAAUUAUACCACUGUCAUCUCUUCCACAUUGGAGCCUGAAACCACUUGGUUUGGUAAGGACAAUGGUAAGCUGACCCGGAAGAUCACAAAGUGUUUUUCAAACAAGUUUGAUGGACCAUAUUACAGUUGGAGUUGUGUGCCAACUGCAAGAAGAGAAAGAUAUUCCUCGAAUUCGCGAAACAACACACUUGGCGUCCCUCACUGACAGGUGUGGUUGAAGCCAAAUUCUAUAAUAUUAUUCAACUUUGUAUGAAACACAUGGUUAGUAAGGCAGCGACAAAAAGAGAGAAGCCGUAUUGGAUUGAGAAAAAACUGUGGAAAGAGAUGUGUGACUAUUGGGACACUGAAGAAGCCAUAGCAAAGAGUUCAACCACAUCAACAGCUAGAAUGUCUGACCGUAAUGGUCUUGGUCCUCACAAGCAUGUAUCUAGUCCGAAGUCCUUCUUACAAGUAGAGCAAGAGAUGGAAGUUGAAUUGGGAAGACCGCCUACUAUUGGUGAAAUAUUCAUCAGGACUCAUACCAAGAAGGAUGGGACAUUUGUGGAUAGGAAGGCGCAGGAAAUCUAUGAGGCAUAUCUCAAGAACAAGACAACUAAGUUGGCUGCCCUUCAUGAGAAUGAUGAAUAGUCUGAUGGUACUUCGCGUCGCUCUGAGCUAUCUUAAGAGGAGGAUGAUGAGAUCUUCCUACAGUCUACUGUCACAAAUGAUAGAGGAGAAUACUUUGGAGUUGGAAGCUUAAGGGUUACAUCAACGGAAGCGUAAGUACCCAGGAAGCACUUCUUCUUUCACACCCCCUGCAAUCACAGCUUGAUGAUGCUAACCGCAAGAUAGAUGAACAAGCAGCUCUACAAGCAGAACGUGAAGCAGAGGCUGUGCGGGUCGCAGCUUAGCAAGCAGCUGAGAUAAAGCACUUGAUGAUGGUGAAGAAGUACUUGAGCGAAACAGACCCAAAUUUUCUGGCCUUCCUCAAAUCUCAAUAUACUCCUGCAGAUGCUCAAUCAAAGGUCCCUGCUACUACUCCUGCUACUGAUGUCCCUUAGCUUUCUCUCCUCUCAACUUAAAAACAUGAACUUGUUAUUUUGUUUGGUUUAUUAGUGGUGUUGGUACAAGUACUUGAACAAGUCUUAUUUUUUGGUUUUGUUUGGAUUGAACAAGUAUUAUUUGUAUGUUUAUUAUGUUUUUUUGUUUUAAUUCCAAGGUUCUAAGGUUCUUAUU